GACGGGGAAACCGAGGGGAGUGACGAGUUAGAAGGGUAGCCAUUUCGAGAUUGGUAUAGAUUUAGAAAUAAAUCAUGCUCUUGCAAGCUAGAGUGUAUUUAGAGAUUUUAUGAUAUCAGAGCAGAUGGUAAAAUUUUAUCUUGAAAUUUUGUGGUAUCAGAUUGUGAUUUGAAUAAGUUCCGAGCCUUGUGCACUUGUGGGACCCGUCUCACGAGUGCACGGCGUCUGUCGCGUCCCCGGAUUUGGGUUCUGGGGCGUGACAAGAGCACAACCCUUAAAGGGUUUGAUGUCUAUCUUCUUGGUUCCAGCUCGUCGCUCUCAGCUUCUUGGUUCCAGGUCGUCGCUCUUAGCUUCUUGGUUCCAGGUUGUCGCUCUUAGCUUCCUGGUUCUAGGUCAUCGCUCUCAACUUCCUGGUUCUAGGUCGUCGUUCUCAGCUUUCUUAGUUUCCCGGUUCCAGGUCAUCAAUCUGACCUUCCUGGUUCCAGGUCAUCACUCUCAGCUUACAGGUUGGAAAUCUCAAAUCAAGGUUUCCAAGCCAUAUUCCUCAGGAAUAAAUCAGACCCCUCUACAACCUAUAAAAUCAAAUGGACAAGUCGAGUUUGCCAAUAAAAUUGUCUUGCGAGGCCUCAAGACGCGUGUUUUAGUUGCACAUUCUAAUUGGGUUGACGAGCUCAAUAAAGUGCUUUGGUCAUGUGGCACUACACCCAGCUUGGCCUCAGGCGAAACCCCAUUCAGCCUUGCCUAUGGAGCUGAGGCCGUCAUCCCUGUAGAGGUCGGAUUGCCAUCUGAUAGAGCAAGUUGGCACAACGAUCUUAACAAUGAGCAACUUUUAAGAGAGAACCUAGACCUUGUGGAAGAGGUCAGGGAGAUGUCUCAGAUAAGAAACAUGGCGCAUCAAAGUGGUGUCACUAAUGCUUACUCGCAUAUGGGGAAACUUGCACCGAACUGGGAAGAGGUUGAGCUUGAAGUGCCGAGCUCAACCACGAACUACAGAGAGUUCAAACACUUACAACCGAGGUCGGCCAUGAGCUUCAGAGGUCGAGCACGAAGUGCAGAGCUCAAACAUGAGCUGCUAAGGUCAAACACGAGCUGCAGAGCUCAAACACUUGCUGCCGAGAGCUCAAACACUUGCUGCCAAGGCCAGGCACGAAGUGCAGAACUUGAACACGAGCGCCUUCGCUAUCUGCAUGCCUUCGCCCUGCUACAGAAAAUCCCUUAUGACUUCGGUCAUUGCUUAUUACCUCGACUUCGACCCACAGUGACCCAGCAUCACACGUUUCACUUCGGCUCCGGCCACAGUGACCCAACGUCACACGUUACACUUUGGCUCCGACCACAGUUACCCAGUGUCACAUGCUUUACUUCGGCUCCGGCCAUAGUGACCCAGCGUCACACGUUUCACUUCGGCUUAGGCCACAGUGACCUAGGGUCACAUGCUUUACUUCGGCUUCAGCCACAGUGACCCAGCGUCACACGUUUCACU